CCGAGAAUCGCAUAGAAAUUUCGUCCUUUUUUAUCUUCUUCAACUAAAACCGGGAGAGCUCAUCAAUGGCUGCGAGACCCAUUUUCCUCUGUCUACUUCUUCUUCAGGCGUUUGCUUUCUUGGUGCCCAUCAAUGCUGCCGCAGCUCCUCCACGACCGCCGCCUCGGAACCCACGCCACCGUCGUCAAGAGCCAAGUUACUUGAAGUUUGUUUCCAAUGGCACUGAUUUUCCACCGGUAGACUACUAUGACUACAUUAUCGUGGGAGGUGGGACUGCUGGGUGCCCUUUGGCUGCAACACUGUCAUCCAGGUUUCGGGUCCUGCUGCUAGAGAGAGGUGGCAUCGCUUAUGGCAACCGAAACUUGAUGACCCAGGAAGGUUUCUUGGCAGCACUCAUGGAUGUCAACACCGUCGACUCUCCAACAGAAUCUUUCAUAUCUGAAGAUGGUGUUCCAAAUGUCCGAGGUCGCAUUCUUGGUGGCAGCAGUGGCAUAAAUGCUGGUUUCUAUAGCCGUGCAGAUCAGGAGUUCUACAAAAGAUCUGCGUUCCAUUGGGAUCUUAAAGUGGUGAAUGAGUCCUAUGAGUGGGUUGAAAAAGCAAUUGUCUUCAGGCCCGAGCUUAAGAGCUGGCAGUCAGCAUUUCGAGAGGGCUUGUUGCAAGCUGGUGUUGAUCCUUAUAAUGGGUAUAAUUUUGAUCAUAUACUGGGGACCAAGACUGGUGGUUCAACAUUUGAUAACUUGGGAAGGAGACACAGUGCUGCUGACCUUCUUAAGUAUGCAAAGCCACUAAAUAUUCGAGUUGCAGUGCAUGCCACUGUGGAAAGAGUUCUGUUGGCUUCAUCUACAUCAUCUCCAGUGUCAAGGCAAUCUGCGGUUGGAGUCGUUUUUCGUGACAGAAGUGGGAGGUAUCACCAUGCUAUGCUACGAAAGCAUGGAGAGGUGUUUCUCUCAGCAGGGGCAAUUGGAACUCCGCAGCUACUUCUACUGAGCGGUAUUGGCCCUAGGCCUUAUCUUGCAUCAUGGGGGAUCCCAGUGGCUCAUCAUCUUCCUUAUGUCGGGCAGUAUAUGUUUGAUAAUCCCAGAAAUGGUAUCUCUAUAGUGCCACCAAUUCCACUGGAGCACUCACUCAUUCAAGUGGUUGGCAUUACUGAAUCAGGUGCUUACAUUGAAUCAGCCUCCACUGUUAUCCAAUUUGCUGCUCCACUCCGCUCUGCUUUCCUUAGGACACCAUCUGCGCCUCUAUAUCUUACUGUGGCCACUCUUAUGGAGAAGAUUGUCGGGCCUGUCUCUGCUGGUUCUUUAAGGCUGGCUUCAACUGAUGUCAAGGAGAAUCCUCUUGUUCGAUUCAAUUACUUCAACAGCCCAGUGGAUGUGCAAAGGUGUGUGAAUGGGACACGAAAACUUGGUGAAAUUCUCAGGACCAGCUCUAUGGAUGCUUUCAAGUUCCAGGGAUGGUUUGGGAAUAAGGACUUCAGGUUUAUAGGGCCUGCCUUGCCACUUGAUCAGUUUGACUUUGAGGAGAUGGCAGAUUUCUGCCGUCGCACAGUAAGCACCAUAUGGCACUACCAUGGGGGCUGCGUUUCUGGGAAGGUGGUUGAUGGUGAUUUCCGGGUCAUUGGUAUAGAUGCACUCCGUGUUGUUGAUGGGUCUACUUUUGGUAUAUCACCAGGGACCAAUCCUCAGGCUACCCUGCUGAUGCUUGGAAGAUACGUUGGGCAGAAGAUAAUGAAUGACAGAAAGGGAGGAUAUAAAUUGGUUGAUUGAUCAUCGGUUCAUCUGAAAUAGAACUCUGGCUACUCAAUGGGGCUUUAGGGAUAGUAUGUAUCUCUGUAUUCUCUUGUAGAUCUCUCCCUACAGAUAUGUUGAUUCAUUCAUUCACAUUACAGGAAUAGGGAUAAGCACAUAGAUGUACCAACUCUGAACUUGGAAUUGAAUAUAACUGAAAAAGGAAAACUGUGCA